AUGACUGCAAUCAAGCAUGCUUUACAGAGGGAUAUUUUUACUCCCAAUGAUGAACGCUUGUUGAGCAUUGUGAACGUGUGCAAAGCAGGCAAAAAGAAGAGAAACUGCUUUUUGUGUGCCACAGUGACAACAGAACGACCAGUGCAAGUAAACGUGGUAAAAGUGAAAAAAUCUGACAAGGGAGAUUUCUACAAAAGGCAGACUGCGUGGGCACUUCGAGAUCUUGCUGUUGUUGAUGCCAAAGAUGCCGUUAAAGAGAAUCCUGAAUUUGACUUGCAUUUUGACAAAGUGUACAAAUGGGUUGCAAGCAGCACAGUGGAAAAGAACACCUUCAUUUCAUGUAUCUGGAAACUCAAUCAGAGAUAUCUUAGAAAGAAAAUUGACUUUAUUAAUGUUAGUUCACAGCUUUUGGAAGAACUGCCUAAAGUUACAGAAGAAUCCAUUCCAAGUGGAGAGAAUCAAAGUGUAGCAGGAGGUGAUGAAGAGGCUGUGGAUGAAUACCAGGAGUUAAAUGCAAGAGAGGAACAGGAUAUUGAAAUAAUGAUGGAAGGGUGUGAAUAUGCUAUUUCUAAUGCUGAAGCCUUUGCAGAGAAGUUGUCAAGAGAACUGCAAGUGCUAGAUGGGGCAAAUAUCCAGUCAAUUAUGGCCUCGGAGAAACAGGUGAAUAUCUUGAUGAAGUUGCUGGAUGAAGCUUUAAAGGAAGUUGACCAAAUCGAGCUAAAGCUGAGCAGUUAUGAAGAAAUGCUUCAGAGUGUGAAAGAGCAAAUGGAUCAAAUUUCAGAAAGCAACCACCUAAUUCAUCUCAGCAACACAAAUAAUGUGAAGCUACUGUCAGAGAUAGAAUUCUUAGUGAAUCACAUGGAUUUGGCUAAAGGUCAUAUAAAGGCCCUUCAGGAGGGAGACCUGACAUCUUCUCGAGGCAUUGAGGCCUGCACUAAUGCAGCAGAUGCCCUCCUGCAGUGUAUGAACGUAGCUCUUCGUCCAGGACAUGAUAUGCUUCAUGCAGUGAAACAGCAGCAGCAGCGGUUUAGUGACUUGCGUGAGCAGUUUGCACGGAGGCUUGCCAGUCAUUUGAACAGCGUAUUUGUUCAACAGUUUACUCAGACCCUCCUUCAACUCUAUAACAGGUCCUACUGUCUUUCAGUUCCAGGUCACGAUCAGAGUUCUACUCUUGCCCAGCACUCUGCUGAAUUGACAUUACCCAAUCACCAUCCAUUUCACAGAGAUUUACUUCGAUAUGCUAAACUGAUGGAAUGGCUCAAGAACACAGAUUAUGGAAAAUAUGAAGGGCUAACAAAGAAUUAUAUGGAUUAUUUAUCACGACUGUAUGAAAGGGAAAUAAAAGAUUUCUUUGAAGUUGCCAAGAUCAAGAUGACGGGCACGACCAGAGAAGGAAAAAAGUUUGCUACACUGCCUCGAAAAGAAAGUGCUGUCAAACAGGAAACGGAGAGUCUUCAUGGAAGUUCUGGAAAACUGACUGGAUCUACUUCUAGCCUAAAUAAACUCUCUGUUCAGAGUUCGGGAAACCGUAGGUCUCAGUCAUCCUCACUGUUGGAUAUGGGAAACAUGUCUGCCUCUGACCUUGAUGUGGCUGAUAGAACAAAAUUUGAUAAGAUUUUUGAGCAAGUAUUAAGUGAGCUGGAGCCUCUGUGUCUUGCAGAACAGGACUUCAUUAGUAAAUUUUUCAAACUCCAGCAACAUCAGAGCAUCUCGGGAACAACAACGAAUGAAGCAGAGGAAAUGGAUGGAGGAACUCUGUCUCGUUCAUACACUUCUGGUGUUCCACAAACAGUAUCAUCUGAGAAGGACAUGAUCCGACAAAUGAUGACAAAAAUAUUUCGUUGUAUUGAACCUGAGCUGAAUAACCUUAUAGCGCUGGGGGACAAGAUUGAUAGUUUUAAUUCCCUUUAUAUGUUAGUUAAGAUGAGUCAUCAUGUAUGGACAGCACAAAACGUGGACCCGGCUUCCUUUCUCAGCACAACACUUGGAAAUGUUUUGGUGACUGUCAAAAGGAACUUUGAUAAAUGCAUUAGUAAUCAAAUGAAGCAGAUGGAUGAAGUAAAAAUCUCAAAGAAGAGUAAAGUUGGGAUCCUUCCAUUUGUUGCUGAAUUUGAGGAGUUUGCAGCCCUCGCUGAAUCAAUUUUCAAAAAUGCAGAACGACGAGGAGACCUAGAUAAAGCCUACAUAAAACUUAUUAGAGCUGUUUUUAUCAGUG